UAGCGCCCAACGCCAGGCCUCUUUAUUCGUCAGCGUGCACCUACGCUGGAGGCUCUCGGCGACUGCUAGUACAGUGUUAUGGGCCAUGGACGGCGCCGUAGGAGCGCGCUGUGGGCCAGCGGAGUACUGGGCAGCAGGUGGUCGUUCUGUCUGCUGACGACGGCUCUUCUAGCGCACGCCGAUUAUGCGGCCGCCAGGGGUGUCCACAACGACUCCGGUCCCGCUGUCGUCGAUGAACAAAGUUUACGGCCGGAGAAAGGCAAGCCAGCGGGUUCCUUACCGAAUGCGACGGUCCCAGUGUCCUAUCAGGGCGAGGAAACGCUUCAGCUGGUACAGAAGGAGGAAGAAGCCGGAAAUGCCUCGUCAUCGUUCACGUGGCAGCACCAGCAGCAGCUCGCCGCUCCUCUCUUGGUGUUACCGUGCGUGCCGCCAUCCAUCGACGAGUUCCCGCGGGACCCGUUCACGCAGGAACAGCGGCUCCAGGGAUGGCUGGCCAUGCACUUCCUGGUGCUCGCCUACCUCUGCUGCAUGCUGGCUAUAGUAUGCGACGAGUACUUCGUGCCUUGCCUGGAGCGGCUGUCCGACGCGCUGAAGAUAUCAUCGGACGUCGCCGGUGCUACGGUAAUGGCUGUCGGCACUUCGUCGCCUGAGUUGUACUCUGCCAUAAUUGGUUCUUUUGUCACGGAGGGAGACAUCGGCGUCGGCACCAUUGUGGGCUCGGCCGUGUUCAACAUCCUCGGAGUCACCAGCGUGACCGGCAUCUAUUUGCUCAGCACGACAGCGCAGCUUGAGUGGUACCCCAUCGUGCGGGACUGCCUGUUGUACGUGGCCAGCGUGAGCGUGCUCGCAGUCUGCAUCGCUGACAGCACUGUCCACUGGUACGAAGCUGCAUCCCUGCUGUUGCUCUUCUGCGUGUAUGUUCUAGUGAUGCACUACAACCCGCAGCUCAAGAGCCUGGCCGUCGCUCAGGUAGACGACAUUGUUGCGUACAUAAAAUCCGAGAAGUUGGCGGAGCGACCGGGAGAAAGCAAAGCCUCAGCGGCCCCAGCCACCGGCGCAUCUGCAGUGAGCGAGGGGGCGGCGCCCCUUCUGUCCACCAACCACGUCUCGCAGUCUCCGCUCGAGUCUACUGCUGCAGUGGUCCCGAGAAGCGGUAGCCAGGCAAGACUGGCCGUAGACACCGAGAAUGGCUACGACGACGUAAGCGGCGGGACCCGUCCGUUGAUGGGGUCAGACCGCCACACACAAGUCGUCGCCGUUGAGAUCAACGGCGAGACGGAAGUGGAUUUCGUGAAACCCCAAGCCUCUUCAGAGACGCAAUCAUGCACCGACAAGCCCAGUAGCCGUGGGUGCCUGUCCCGCACGUGGUGGCUGGUCACACUGCCUGCGUCGCUGCUGUUUCGUGUCACGGUGCCGGACUGUCGACGCUGGCCGCGCAUGUUCCCGCUCACUUUCAUCAUGGCCGUGGUCUGGAUAGGCCUGCUGUCCUACCUUUGUGCCUGGAUGGUCACCGUCAUUGGCUAUACGCUGAACAUACCAGAUUCGGUGUCCGGCCUCACCAUUCUCGCGGCUGGAAUAAGCGUACCUGAGAUCAUCACCACGGUGCUCAUUGUUAAAAUGGGUUUCGGCAACAUGGCGUUCAGCAACCUGAUCGGGAGCAACAUCUUCGACAUCCUGUUCUGCUUGGGCCUUCCCUGGUUGGUGAAGACAUUGUGCAACACCGGAGGCCGGUUGCGCAUCAACAGCGGCGCACUGACUUACACGACGCUCACGCUGUUGGGCACGACCGUGCUCAUGCUAGUCACGCUGUGUGCUGCCAGGUGGCGCCUCAACUGGCGCGUGGGCCUCGUCUGCCUGGGACUGUACGUCGCCUUCCUGACGUUGGCGUGCUGUUACGAGCUCAACUACUUCGGACCUUUCAACCCGCCCACGUGCAGGGAAUAGGGCGGCGAUAGAUGGAUCUCUGUGCGAAAACACUUGUUGCGUGCAUUGUGCCGCUUGAAGUUCAACGUAGCAACGAA